CGGACUUCCAUUACAAGUGGGGUCUCUAAGAAGAACAAGCAAUAUGAAUAGUUUUAUUUCAAUAGCUCUUGUUGUUGUCUUUGCUGGGUGUUCAAUUGCUUAUCCAAUCCAUGCGUCCUGUAAAAUUCAAUGGACAUUUGGAAUCAGCUGUGAUAUGGUGAAGGAAAAAAUCAAGAACCAGAUUUCUACAUGGACUACAGCAGAUAACUGUCCCAAUGGAGCAGGAGAAAAAUGUCUGUAUACAUUUGUGAGUGAAACAAAUACAACUAUAACAGCAAAACAUGCGACACCAGUUAAGCACUACAUGGACGAUUUGACCUUCACCUUUACUCCAAGUAACAGCAUGUGCAACGUCAAGGGUUACUCCACAUCAGAAACGUGGUAUGCUUACCUUGACUACAGUACUAACUAUUGUAAUCUCAACAACCUUAUCACAGGUUCGGGACUUGACAAGGUUAACGCAUACAAGGAAGUCACUAGUGAUGAUGUUUGUACACAGUAUUCCAGCAAAGAUUGCGAAAAAUAUUAAAUUAUCUGCUUGUA